GCUCGUUAAUACCCGACAAGUAUAGCCUCUGGCGUGACAGCUCAGAAAGUACAGCAACGCGAGGGAAGGUGCAUGCCUCUCCUAUAUGAGAUAAUGGAUAUCGAAGGAAUAGGGAAAGAUAGACAUGGCGCCAAAGAAAGUCGGACUCAAGAGAGGCGCAGCGAGCGAGCGGUAUCUUGAUCUUUUCCGAGUCGGCCACCAAAGGCAGACCCAGCCACGGACGAGAACCUGCCCGCUCACAGGGUCAGCGCCUCGCCUUAGACGCACGUCCCAUGUUAGUGCAUGCACAUGCAUAAGCCCUGUUGUCGCGAUUCAACCACGCGAUGGCAGGGCGCAGGCCAGCUCGCAAGGAGGAGGGAGAGGCCACAUGCGCCAGCGAGGCUGGUCAUUGCCUAAUGGAGCUAGCGCGCUGCUAUUCUCGGAGACUUUCAAGCCUCCCCCGCGGGCAAAGCCACUGCCGAUCUUCUCCGAAUCCGCCAAGCGCAGCGGUGAUCUCGACGACAUCCGCUCCAGCGUUGCAACGGCAAUCACUCUUCCGGAGCUUCAGGCCUCGGUGAUAAUGUCAGCAAUUCUCCCAGAAUUCCUUGACAUUAUGUGUUUACCUCAAUAUCAUCACUGCCGGUGUAAACAAACGGAGUUCUGGGGGAAGACCGAGCUAAGGGCAUCCAUCCACCCAUGCUGACGAUCCUUUGAAUCCGGAGUGGUCGUACGACAUUGAAUUCCACAUGCUCUCGCUAAUCUCCAUCACCUGAAAGGGUAUAUGGAGUCGCGGCUGAUGCCCACAACAUCACUCGGCCGAUGGCUCCAACUGCUGACAUGCACAUCCUUCGGCAUGCCUGCGCCCUC